UACCAGUUGUUUCCGCUUCCGGCUCCAUACGAACUCUCCCGCCACCAGGGAAGGAAUAAGUGUCAGCGUUUGUGUAUUUCUCAUGCUUGCUGUGGUUUCAGGUAACCAAGAUGGAGUUUUCUGGAGGAAAUCGGAGGAAGCUGAAGUUGGCAGGUGACCAGAGAAAUGCUUGCUACCCUCAUAGCCUCCAGUUUUACCUCCAGCCGCCAUCUGAAAACAUAUCUUUGAUAGAGUUUGAAAACUUGGCUAUUGAUAGAGUUAAAUUGCUAAAGUCUGUUGAAAAUCUUGGUUUGAGCCAUUUGAAAGGAAGUGAGGAAUACCAGAGUAAGUUAGAGGCUGAGCUUCGAAAGCUCAAGUUUUCCUACAGAGAAAGUUUAGAAGAUGAAUAUGAACCACGAAGAAGGGAUCAUAUUUCUCACUUUAUUUUGCGCCUUGCUUAUUGCCAGUCUGAGGAUCUUAGACGCUGGUUCAUACAACAAGAAAUGGAUCUCCUUCGAUUUCGAUUCAGUAUUUUACCUAAGGACAAAAUUCAGAGUUUCUUAAAGGAUAGCCAUUUGCAGUUUGAGGCUAUAAGUGAUGAAGAGAAGAACCUUCGAGAACAGGAGAUCAUUGCCUCAUCACCGAUCUUAAGUGGGACUCAGUUGGAGACAGUUUAUAAGAUCCCUUUUGCUGAUGCUCUAGAUUUGUUUCGAGGAAGGAAAGUCUAUUUGGAAGCUGGCUUUGCUUAUGUACCACUUAAGGACAUCGUGGCAAUCAUCCUGAAUGAGUUUAGAGCCAAACUGUCCAAGGCUUUGGCAUUAACAGCCAGGUCCUUGCCUGCUGUGCAGUCUGAUGAGAGACUUCAGCCUCUGCUUAACCACCUCAGUCAUUCCUACACUGGCCAAGAUUACAGUACACAGGGAAAUGUUGGGAAGAUUUCUUUAGAUCAGAUCGAUUCGCUUUCUACCAAAUCCUUCCCACCCUGCAUGCGCCAGUUGCAUAAAGCCCUACGGGAAAAUCACCACCUCCGUCACGGAGGCCGGAUGCAGUACGGCCUUUUUCUGAAGGGCGUUGGUUUGACGUUGGAACAGGCGUUGCAGUUUUGGAAGCAAGAAUUUACCAAAGGAAAGAUGGAUCCAGACAAGUUUGAUAAAGGCUACUCCUACAACAUCCGUCAUAGCUUUGGAAAGGAAGGCAAGAGGAUAGACUAUACACCUUAUAGUUGCUUGAAGAUUAUUCUAACCAAUCCACCAAGCCAAGGGGAUUAUCAUGGGUGCCCAUUCCGUCACAGCGAUCCAGAGCUGCUGAAGCAGAGGUUACAGUCGUACAAGAUUUCUCCCGGAGGAAUAAACCAGAUUUUGGAUUUAGUAAAGGGGACACAUUACCAGGUAGCAUGUCAGAAGUACUUCGAGAUGAUACACAAUGUUGAUGAUUGUGGCUUUUCUUUGAGUCAUCCUAAUCAGUUCUUUAUUGAGAGCCAGCGGAUUCUAAAUGGUGGUAAAGAUAUCAAGAAGGAACCUGUACAACCAGAAACUCCUCAACCAAAACCAAGUGUCCAGAAAACCAAGGAUGUAUCCUCUGCUCUGGCCUCUUUAAAUUCCUCUCUGGAAAUGGAUAUGGAGGAACUGGAAGAUUACUUUAGUAAAUGAUUCAUAGUUUAGUAACCCUUUCUCCUCAUCAGACUUCAUUACCUGUUUUACCUCUUUCUUUUUUAACCUUUUCUUGUAACUUCUCCCUCCACCUUACCCCCACUUCAUUACAUCCACAUGUGCACACACUUCUUAACGAAAGCAGGCUUGCAAGUAAAAUGAAGACCUCCGCUAUAUUUUGCUUUGGCAAAGGGAAGUAAUAGAGCCCCAUUGUAAUCCACAAAUUGGAUGGCAUGAUUUAUGUCCUAUUUUAGGAGAUAAAGACAGCUUUCUGGUCUGGCUGCAGUCCCCUAGAAACAGUACAACUAAAGACAACUUUUAUUUUAAUACUUACCACUUUGUAAUUUUGACACCAUGUUUUUCUGGACCAUUUUUGUUAAUAAAUAUAAAAACUUACAUGCGUGUGUUUGUGUGAGAAUGGGAGAAUCAUGUUAAUGUCUAACAGAUAUCAACAUUAACUCAGUUUUUAAAGUGCUAUUUUAGGGUAUCCAACACACUGCCAAUCAAGUCACCAAUGGGACUGCUUUUUUUUAAGUUGGCCCAUUUGUGGUAUUCCAUCUCAACAAGGAGAACUUUAGCCCCCUUUGAGUGACAGCAAACUCUAUUGAAGUGAAUUGUGACUUGGUGAUUAAGAGAAACAAAAUUUGUGUAGUCAGUUAUAUUUAUUAAUGAAUUUAGAGUGCUUUAUUGUAUAAAAUGAUGACUCCUUAGCUAUUGUCAUUUCCCAUUCACUCUGGGGGCAUUAGGCAGCUCCUAAAGCAAGGAUAUAAGGUAAACCUGUGUGUUUCUUCAUUUCACCCUCCAACUUCCAUGACUUACUGCUUCUGUGGCUGUUCUGAAAUGCUGGAUAGGCUUGGUAAAUUCAUUAACUUCAAUAAUGAAUGUUCUGAUAUUUAUAAUAACCCCCUCCUUUUCAUGCCAGGGAUGGAGUUUAGUGAAUGUUGUGGGUGAUUUAUGGACAUACCAGAUUAAUGCCUUGCUUGCUCUCUUUGCCAGCCUUUGGCAAACAGAUAAGAUGGGGGUAUACUGUCCCUGUAUUUUAUAGACCCCAUUUACAGAGCAGUAUCCUCGUCGAUGCCCUUGUCUAACUGAUUUCUUCCCCCUGGUCUGUCCUCACCGAGCCAGAUGAAUUGAGGCUCUUAAGAGAGAGACCUGGUAUGAAACAUAACUGUUUCUCACACAUUACCUUGGAUUAUUAGAAAAUUAUUAGUCUAUUUCAGUCCUCUUUUCCUUGUAAACAGAAGCACUUUUCCCUUAUCCUUUUGAGUCAGAUACUAACUAAAUUGAAAAGAGAACAUUGUAUUCAGAAAGCUGGAUUGUUAGAGGCACCAUGUUUUUAAUCCUGUAAUAAAUGUUAUCAGUAUGAAAAUAAGGAUUUAACAGGAUUAGAGCAUGAGUACCUAAAAAUAUCAGGUGAUCAGGUUUAUAGUCUAGGCUCCGAGUCAAUGAUUUCUUGGCAUAUUUAGUAACAUAAUUAAUUGAGAUAUUAUCUCAACUUUUACUUGUCUUUGUGAAUUAUUAUUACCUAGUUUAGGAAAUGGUAGUUUUCUGCUACAAAUUACAGUUAUAAAUCUCUUCUUUCUGAAGCCAUCCGCUCUUCCUUUCAUCAUUUAUAGUUCUCAACAGGAAUCUGAUGACUACCUACCACUUUAUCCAUGAGCUGCAAAACCACAAGUGUCUUUUUUUUAUGUUAAGAACAAGUGUUACACAGGGCUGUUUUAACCACAGAAUUAAGUUAGCUUUAGAAAGCCAAGCAUAGAAAUGUAGGUCUCUGUCAUAUUAAAAGAAGGGAAAUAUUAGAAGCAGUCUCACUGCUGUAGUUCAAUCAGAAAUCUUAUGACACGAUAUUUCAUAUCUGGCAACAUUUUGCAAGGCUGUCUUUUUCCACUGCCUCAUGUUCUCCUUCUUUUAUGAAACCUGUUCUCCCUCCAGCUGAAAGGACAGAGCUACUAAUAGCACGGAAGACCUGUCUUAGUUGACUAUUUCAGACUGGCAGCCCUGAGAAUUUGUGUCACGCUACUUGUAUGUUUUAUAUGUGUCUAGUCAAACUAAAAAAUAACAUUAGUUUAAAUGCUAGUUGUAUUACAAGUUGUUUCUUUGUAAUAGGCUUUGAUCUCCUGUCAUGUAUUACACCAAAUGUAUAAACAUUUUGUGAAGUCCAUAGAUUGGAGGAUAGGGGUUAGAGGUUUGUAGAAGCAGAUAGAAAUUAAUGCAGUUCUGGUGCUUUUUGGAAUUGGAAAAAGCAAUUUAUUUUUCAUGCUUCACAGGUCUUGACAAUUUUGAUUUGUUUUCUUUGAAAGCAGACCUGUUUGAAUCGGAUGAUGUAGGAAGAACCUGAAAGAAAAAUCAAAAACCAGGAGCCUCUUUUCAAAACAGUAGCCAAUGAAAAAGAAUAUGAAUCUCCCUAUCUUUUAAACUUCUACUCUUUUUAUAACCUCUUCAAGGGGAAGAGGCUGUCUGAUUAUCAGAGACAAAAGCAGAAACAGGAGAGGAAAGAAACUAGAUUGGACAUUUAUAGCUGGUUGAAGCAGCAAGCAUUGUUAGUGGAGAUUCUGUCAUAUUUCUUUCAUGUUGUUUCUCCAUAACAUUUCUUACUCUGUCCACAUAGUACAAAACUCUUAAUUGCAAUGCACUUAAAAGAACAGUAAGAAGAUCUUAAGUAAACUUUUUGGGACUGCCUAUGAUCAAAAAAAAAUACAGAGUCAUAAAAGUGAGUAGUUACAUAUUUUGAAUGAGAGGGAAUGGAAUAAGGCAAUGGGAAAGAUCUUUAAUUCAUACAGAAUUUUAAUAAGCUGAGGGAUUUCUUCUCUCACUAAAACCAUGCAGCGUGUUUUGUUUGUUACACUUUGCUGUCUUACUGAUACUCAGGGUCUUUGCAAUUGAACUUCUGUAAUUCUUUGCAAAGAAGAAAAGAAAACUUCUAGGAUUUAAGCUUGAAAGGCGAAAUGAGACAACUCUAAAGUUGUGGUUUGCUUAGAAUCUACUGUUUGCAGAUUUAAUCCAGGUCUUCCACAGGCGUCAGCUUGAUGUUAAAUUUAAGUGCCCAUUAAAGUGAGGAUCUGACAGCAGUUCUGAAAGUGAAGCUUAGUCUGAGGACAUCUUUACAGCUGGAAGGGAAAAAAUUGUUGAGAAGCCUCAAACCACUGUGGUAAUUGAUUAGAUCCGUUUGUUAACUUCUUUUCUAAUCUUGGGGAAGGGACAGGGAGAGAAGGUUAAGGGAGAAGCAAGAGGGACUGGAUCCAGAAGUCCAGUGCUCCCUAUGGAAACUGGGCAAGGACGGUCCCGUGUUACAGAAAAUGAUGGCAAAUAACCCCUCCGGCAAAUGAAUAAGAUAAGGAACUGAUUACAAGAACUUUAUUUGGUUUGCCAGCAGAACCACAUUUCUGUGGAAGUUGAAUUUUGAACAGGUUGCUGGUUUGGUUGUCAGGCCCAUUGGUAGACACAUGGCAUUAUUUAGGAGUGGACCUCCAGUGGUACAUUGUUGGCCUGAAGAGUUAAUGUCUCUCAAGGGUAUAUAACUUACAUUCAGGUAAUCACUUCUUUACCCAAAGCAUCUGGCCUUCUUUUCAAUAUUGAGUUCCUUUUUGACAUGUAGUUGUUGCCCUAGUCUAGGGCAUCUCACUGUAAUUGGCAUUGUAGGCAAUUAGCUUUGUGACUCUAUGGAAAUCUUGUCACCUGUAGAAAAUUAUCUUCCCACUUCAUCUGACCUUCCUGCCAAAAAUGAUACUAUUUCCUGUGACUGGAUUUGCUUUCUAUGUUGUAAGCUCUUUUCAUUCAUUGCUUCAUGACAUUUUAUUUUCUCCAAGAAUUAUCACUGCAGAACCUUAUCAAAGGCUAAAGAAUAUGUCUGUAUAUAAAGCUCUUGUAUUUCCCCUGAGUCUUCAAUUCCAAUGCUGUUUUUUGAACAUUGAUGACAAGGUAGUGAAACAACACUACUAAUAAAUGCAUGAUGGAUUUUUCAAUUCAGCCCUGCAUUUCUAGGUAGUUAUUCAUCAUAAUAGAACUGUGAGGCUUUAGGGUACUACUACUACUUCUUUUUUUCUUUAAUUUUACACUGAAAUGAUGCAUUUAAGACUUUGUAUUGAGAAAACUAACCAUUGCAUGCAAAUUUUCUUUUUUUUUUUUACUUUAGCUUCCACUUAGAGGAUACCAAGAUCUUCAUUACUAAUUAAAAAGGACGUAGGGCUACAUGCUUCCCUAUUUUUACAGAGAACUAGAAUUAUGAUUUAAUAAUUAUCUUCCAUUCUUGGUUGUCUCUGGAGUUCCUGCCUUGUGCUCUUCUUACUCAAAGAGUCUCCGUCGGUGAGCUCAUCUACUCCAGUGGUGUUUCUUCCCAUAUAUAUGCAAAUAAUCCCCAAGUCUGUAUCUCCAACUGAGAUCUCCUUUAAGCACAGACCCAUCCAUUCAAUUGCCCCCUAGACAUCUUCAUCAGGAUGUCCCGCGAGCAUCUCAGAUUUAUUGUGUCCAAAAUCAAACCUAUCGUCUUUGUUCCCAAGUCUACCGUAUUUCUCUACUACCUAUUUUGUCAUGAUAGAAACCCUGAAGUUACCCUUGACUGUUCUUUCACCAUCCCCACAUAUCCAAAUCCAGUUUGUUCCAUUUUAAUAGCAGCAUGCUCUAAACCAGUGGUUCUUAACUGGGCACAGUUUUGCCUAUCAGGAGGCACUUUGCAAUGUCUGGAGAUAUUUUUGGUUGCCUCACCUGGAGGGGCAAGUGCUGCUGGCAUCUACUGGUUAGAGGCCAGGGACGCUGCUAAAUACCCUACAAUGCACAGGACAGCCCCCACAAUAAAGAAAUAUCUGGCCCAAAAUGUCAGUAGUGUUAAGGUUGAGAAACCCUGUUCUAAACAGUGUUUUCUUCUCCAGUCAUUACUUGUACUAUACUAGAUUACGCUCUCAUCACUUCUCACCUAUGUUACCACAAUGAUCUCUUACUAUCCCAGCCUCCAUUUGCUUCCCCAGCACCCCAUCCCACAUCCUUCUGAAAAAUGUAACCUUAGUAAUUUUUCCCCCUAAAGUGAUUGUCUUAAAAAGUGGCUCUCCAUUACCCGUGUGAUGAAGUCCAAAUGCCUUUGGUGUAAUGUAUGAGACCCUCCAUGACCAGCCCUUUCUUACCUAGUCAGAGUAGAUGGAUAAUUGCAAACCAUGAAAUUGGAGGCUUUUUGUUUUCGUUUUUAAAUAUAUAUGUAUAAUGAGGUGAGAAAAAUUGCUGACAUAGUAUCAGAAUACUCCUUGCCCAUAAAAGACAACCUGAGCUUUAAGCUUCAGUAUGUAGAAAGCACCCUAAAACUUCCUCUUAGGGUUGUGAUAUUUCAGCAGGCUUACGUAUGAUUUCUAAUGAAAAUGAUGCCCUGUGUGGCACAAAAUUUAUAAGCACUUACAAAAUACCUUGAGGCAGAACAGGUCAGAUGCCACCAAGGCACCCCUAAAAUCUGCAUUUUCCCUGAAAAAAGAAAACGAGACACUAAGAGGUUAAAUCGCUUGAUCUGGGUCACAAACUUUCUACUCAAACCAGACAUUGGGACUCCCUGAACUGUCCACUUGCCUCUCCACCAUUGGUUUUCACACCGAGAGCCACAGGACCAGCUCCCAUGGCUGAGCAGCCCAAACUGCAGGCCCCAACUAGACCAACCCUUUUUAUUUAUUAUCUUUGUGAAUUAAUUAAGCCUCUUGCUUCGGUUUCUUCAUCUGUAAAAUUGGGAUCAUAACAUUACCUACAAAAUUGGAUUGUUGUGAGAUUAAAUGAGAUAAUUUGUGUCGAAUGCUCUGCACGUGGUCUGGCACGUGGUAGACUAAAUAAUUGUAAGCUAACAUACAAGGGUUCUGUUAAACUCUUUUUGAAGUAAGGGUUUGUCUAAAAAUUUUCAAACUACAAUAAUAGAACAUUUCAUGUAUUUAAGAGUAAAGGUUAUGUGUCAAUUUUACUCCACAGAAUAAAAAUUCCAGAACUCUUAGCUAUUCAGAUAAGAACAAACUGUAGACUCUCAGAAUUAUAAGAAGUUUCUACUACCAGGACUUCUCACUGUGACUUCCUUGGUAUCAUGGAAUAAUCUAGAAAAAGUAAAGCCAGAAGUGGCAUGCAAAGUCAUGGGGAACUUUACAUGCCUUGGGUUGCUCACCAGCUUCUCAAAAACAGUCAAGUCAAGUCCCAUGCCUUGGUCAGAAGAAUAUAGUAUUAUUCCCUUGUGCAUAUCACGGUAUCUCUUUGUCUCCAUUCAGUUCCCCUCCCUAGACCACAACAACCUAUCCUCCUAAGAAGUUAUCUGGGUUGUUAAUCAUACAGAUCAAAGAGGGAAGCUUUAGAUUUUUCUCUUUGGUGUCCCACCCAGCCCUCUGUGCUAUUACAGUGAAUGCCCCCUAUCAUUCAAAAAACCAAAACAAGCUCAUUGCCGUAGAGUUGAUUCUAACUCAUAGCGACCCUGUAGGAUAGAGUAGAACUGCCCCAUAGGUUUUCCAAGGAGUGGCUGGUGGAUUCGAACUGCUGACAUUUUGGUUAGCAGCCGUAGCACUUAACCACUGUGCACACCAGAGCUCCCCUCCAUCAUUGAAAAAAAUAAAAAUUUUAUUAGCACUGUUAAAAUGCUAGAAACUUUGAGGCACACCCAACUUCUUCACAUUGAGCAUACCACUUAAAUCCAAACGUAUCUUCCAUAAUAACUGGCAUCUGUAUAUCAAAAUACAGUAAGUACCAUGGUUCCAUGCAGCUUCUGAACAUACUCAAAUUGUAGGCUCUAAAAAGCACCAAAGCUGAAGGGCAAUACAGUACACAACACUGGGGAAGCCAGAAUAACCUGUACAAGGCAAGGUCAUGGUAGCUCCAUAGACACAUCCAAACUCCCUGAGGGACCGAAUUGCUGGGCUGAGGGCUGUGGGGACCAUGGUUUCGGGGAACAUCUAGCUCAACUGGCAUAACAGAGUUUAUAAAGAAAAUGUUCUACAUUCUACUUUCGUGAGUAGCAUCUGGGGUCUUAAAAGCCUGUGAGCAGCCAUCUAGGAUACUCCACUGGUCUUACCCCUUUAGGAGCAAGGAACAAUGAAGAAAACUAAAGAUACAAGGGAAAGAUUAGUCCAAAGGACUAAUGGACCACAUCUACCAUGGGCUUCACCAGACUGAGUCCAGAACAACGGGAUGGUGUCUGGCUACCACCACUGACUGCUCUGACAGGAAUCGCAAUAGAGGAUCCCACACAGAGCUGGAGAAAAAUGUAGAACAAAAUUCUAACUCAAGAAGAAAGACCGGACUUGCUGGGCUGACAGAGACUGGAGAAACCCUGAGAGCAUAGUCCCCAGACACCCUUUCAGCUCAGUAAUGAGGUCACUCCUGAGGUUCACCCUUCAGCCAAAGAUUGAACAGAUCCAUGGAACAAAACAAGACUAAAGGGGCGCACCAGUCCUGGGGCAGGGACUGGAAGGGAGGAGGGAACAGGAAAGCUGGUAACAGGGAACCCAGGGUUGAGAAGGGAAAGUGUUGACGCAUCGUGGGGUUAACCUAUGUCAUAGAACAGUAUGUGUACUGUUUGAUAAGAAACUAGUUUGUUCUGUAAACCUUCAUCUAAAGCACAAUAAGUAAUAAUAAAAAUAAAAACACCAAAGCAGAGGGGAAUGCAUAAGAGAGAGACCUUAUCCUUACAGGAGGAAAAACAAUCUGUGAAGGUGUUAACUACUGUUAAAGUAAACAAAGUUGAUGAGAAAGACUGUCUACAGUCUUUGUCAAUGAAACAGGGAGAAUACACCUUUUUCACCUUUUGGCUAUUAUGAAUAGUGCUGCAAUGAACAUUGGUGUACAAAUUUCUGUUUGUGUUCAUAUAUCAUAUGUUCUUCUCAAAGUAUGCAUUUGUUUGAUUACACAUUUAUUGUCUGUCUUGCACACAUAUUAGUGUAUAUCCAGGGAAAUAAGGUCCAUAAGAUCAGGGACCUUGUCUUGUUCAAUUCCAUAUGCACCGCAUCUAGAAUAGUUCCUGGAAUUUCUCAGGCACUCAGUAAAUACCUGUUGAGUGAAUGAAUGUGUCCUACUGAGCUGCAUUUCCAAAGUUUUUCAGGACCUUAAGGCUGCCUCAUGGCAAGUUAUGUCAGAGUGAGUAAUUCCCUAUAUACAGAGCCUUCUUCUCCAAUAGAAACUGAGGCAUUUAAUAGGGUUCAGUUGUCCAAUUGAUUUUUCACAGUUAAACCAAAGAACACACUAUAAAACUCAGACGCUUAAGUUAAAAUAAUUUGAAUUCUCUAAGAAAUUCACAGCUCAGCAGCCCAUGAGCAUCUACAGAAGUCCUUCAGAAGUCAUGCAGGAGUGGCUUUAUGUUAAUGAUUAGUCUGUCAAAGGAAAAUGCAAAUGAUUAUGAGUCACUCUGUUAAGUGAGCGUGCUAGUGCUGCAGACUGUUGAUGAGCCCAAAGGAAGAGGUUGCGCACCAGGGACUCACACUGUGGCAAAGAUUCUUGUCGGUGUUCUGUCUUUGGGAGCCCUUACCAGUCAAUGAGACCCCAAUAAAAAAAACAGCUAGAGGCUGGCUUUGAGAGAGUGAUUAUGCUGCUGUUGUGAUGUUCCUUGUGAAGUAGAUCCUUGACAAUAAAUGACAAGACAUGGUUUCUAAAAUACAGUUUCCUUGGGAUACAAGUUCCAGUGAAAGGGAGAAUAUCUUAUCCAUGGAACAGUGGUAUAUGGAGAUCUGAUGGCAGGCAAGACAUAAUUUUCCCUGAGUGCUUAGAGAAGCCAGGUUGAAAUAAGUAAGGUAUAUAAACAAUAAUAAUAACCCAAACCAAAAACCAAAUGCGGUGCCAUCGAGUCGAUUCCGACUCAUAGCGACCCUACAGGACAGAGUAGAACUGCCCCAUAGAGUUUCCAAGGAGCGCCUUGCGGAUUCGAAGUGCCGACCCUUUGGUUAGCAGCCGUAACACUUAACCACUAUGCCACCAGGGUUUCCAAACAAUAAUAAUAGCUAUCAUUUAUUCAGUGAACCAAAGUUCCUGGAGUCAUCCUCAACUUUUUUCUUCUCACACUCUACACUCAGUCCUUCAUCAAAUCCUGUAGUAGCAUUUACCAUCAAAAUAUAUCCAGAAUAUGACCGUUUCCCACCACCUCCACUGCUGCUCUCCUGUUCCAAGAUCCUACCAAUUCUUGCCCGAAUUAUUUCAAUGACCUCUAACCGGUAUCUUUCAUUCCUAAAUUUGUUGACCAUCUAAUGGCAGCUCGAGCAAAAAAUAUUUUAUUUGUUCAUGAACAGGGAAGUGUGUGAAAUUGAAAUCACUUUUUUUCUGAGCUUUUGCCUGGUGAAUUAGAAAGCUAUAGCUGAGGUUGGCAAACUACAGGCCAAAUCCAGUCUGUUGCCUGUUAUUGCAAAUAAAGUUUAAUUGGAGCAUACCCAUUCCCAUCAUUUACAUAUUGUCUAUGGCUGCUUUCACUCUACAAUGGCAGAUUUGAGUAGUUCCAGCAGAGAUUGGCAAAGCCUAAAAUAUUUACUAUUUAUUUACAUAUAUAAAUAAUAGUAUACUUACUACUCGACCAUUUAAAGUUUGCUGAGCUAUAGGAUAGAUCUCGUGUUCUUAUAAAACCAUUACACAAAACCAUGCUAUGUUUGCUUUAAGUCUAGCCAGUUACUAUACGCAUUAUUCUUAAACCUCCAGAAUAUUUAUGUAAAGAAAUUUUGUCAAAAGUCAAACCCAAAUAGAGUUGCCUCCACUAACAUAAUACUAGUGUUUCCGGGAAGUAUAAAGCUCAGUUCCAACAAUCUAGAAACCAAUAUCCUGUGAAUUGAGGUAAUUGAAGUCCUCGGGCCACCACAAUUUUAAAUUAGUGCUCUGGCCGAAUUGCAACAAAUGUUGUAUGUGGCUCCAUUUUCUGUUGUGUUUACAAGUUGGAUUAGAUAGGUUUUAUUUUUUACUGAAAUGGACCUAUUUUAGGAAAAACCUCAUUCCAUUCUGGAAAUUUCCUAUAAGGCAUGUACUUGUUUAUAUAACAUGACAUGAGAUGCUUUUAUCAAAGGGCUAUAGAGUUGUCAGCAUUCACCACCAUUAUUGCAAGUAUAGGGUAGGCUUUGCGCUUUCUAGUAGAAGCACAGUUUGUACUGGUUCCUCCUUAUCUCCCAGGCCACUGUCCCAGGGCUCAGUUCUCGGUCCCCUUCUCUAUGUACAUUACUAUGUUGGUGGUAUCAUCCAAUCCCCAGGCUUUAAAUACCAUAGAUAACCUCUAUGUUCUCAGGGAGCCAACUUAGACAACUCCCCUCUACUUCUUACUCAUAUAUCCAGCUGCUCACUUAACAUUUCCCUGUGUCUUAAAUUUGUCCAAAAAUGAGCACUCAGUCUUAACCCCCUCCCCCACAACCUGCUUCAUUUGCAGUCGUCCCUGCCUAGUAACAGCAACUCCAUCCUCCUGGUCUCUUAAGCCAAACAACUUGGACACAUCAUUAGACUCCUCUCUCAUCAUCAUGUUCUGCCUUUGCACUUGCUGUUCCUUCUGUCUGGAACAGACCUUCCCCAGAUAAUCCACAUGGCUCACUCCUUCAUUUACUUCAGUUCUUUGCUCAAACAUCAAAAAAGCCUUUCACGGCUACUCUGUAUAAAAUAGAACCCCUGCUCCACCAUCACUCUGCCCUUGCCUGCUUUAU